GCGCUCUCAGCCCCGGGGCGCAUCACACGGCCCCGCAGCGGGAUUUCUGCGCUCUGGGGACCCUGCACGCUGCUGUCCUCUGGGGAAAGGUCUUGAAUCGUAAGCAUCGUCGGCAGGAAGGCAGAGAGGCGGCAGGGAGUCCUUGGAGAUUCUCCGAGAAUUAUCUGGGCUCCUUCUGGGGGCUGCCCCCCCGCAGGCCCCCCGCCUUCACUUUGGGCUGGUGUAUCCUGCGGCGUCCGCGGCCGGGCUAAGUCCAGGCCUGCAGUCACCCAGGUGCAGAGCAAGCUUGAAAGAGACAGCGGAAGAACUUUCCCGGACUGCACUGUCGCUCAGCAGCCCGCACCAAUCACCACGCAGCUUGACCUCGGGCCCUCCUCUUUGAGGGCGUGUCCCUGGUGAGUGAUAGACGGAGCCGCCCGGCCCAGCUCGGGCCAGCCCACGUUGCUGCUUAGAUUGAAAUGCAGAACUCUAGCCUCUUUCAUCGGGGCACAGACUUCCUUUUACUCCUUCCUUCUGCUCUCUCGCCGCCUCCUCCCGGGAAGAAGCGGAGGCACCGGCGGUCCGGGGCAGCGGCAAGCCGGGCCACUGGGGCUGUGCGAAAAGUUUCUUUUUGGGAGUUCGGAACUGGGGCCCCUUUGGUGUACUGCUCGGAGCAAUGGAGCCAGCCUUUGGGGAGGUGAACCAGCUGGGAGGAGUAUUCGUGAACGGGAGGCCGCUGCCCAACGCUAUCCGGCUUCGUAUCGUGGAACUGGCCCAACUGGGCAUCAGACCGUGUGACAUCAGCCGCCAGCUACGGGUCUCACACGGCUGCGUCAGCAAGAUUCUGGCGCGCUACAACGAGACGGGCUCGAUCUUGCCAGGAGCCAUUGGGGGCAGCAAGCCCCGAGUUACCACCCCCACCGUGGUGAAGCACAUCCGGACCUACAAGCAAAGGGAUCCUGGCAUCUUUGCCUGGGAAAUCCGGGACCGCCUGCUGGCGGACGGCGUGUGUGACAAGUACAACGUGCCCUCGGUGAGCUCCAUCAGCCGCAUCCUGCGCAACAAGAUCGGCAACUUGGCUCAACAGGGCCAUUACGACUCGUACAAGCAGCACCAGCCGGCGCCACAGCCGGCGCUGCCCUAUAACCACAUCUACUCGUACCCCAGCCCCAUCACGGCGGCCGCAGCUAAGGUGCCCACGCCUCCCGGGGUGCCUGCCAUCCCCGGCUCGGUGGCCAUGCCCCGUACCUGGCCCUCCUCCCAUUCCGUCACCGACAUCCUGGGCAUUCGCUCUAUCACCGACCAAGGCGUGAGCGACAGCUCCCCCUACCACAGCCCCAAGGUGGAGGAGUGGAGCAGCCUGGGCCGGAACAACUUCCCGGCGGCCGCCCCGCACGCGGUGAACGGGCUGGAGAAGGGCGCCCUGGAGCAGGAAGCCAAGUACGCUCAGGCACCAAAUGGCCUACCAGCUGUAAGCAGUUUUGUGUCAGCAUCCAGCAUGGCUCCUUAUCCUACCCCGGCCCAAGUGUCGCCUUACAUGACCUACAGUGCCGCUCCUUCCGGUUAUGUGGCUGGACAUGGGUGGCAACAUGCCAGCAGCACCCCACUUCCCCCCCACAACUGUGACAUUCCCGCCUCGCUGGCGUUCAAGGGAAUGCAGGCAGCCAGAGAAGGUAGUCACUCUGUCACGGCUUCUGCGCUCUGAUGGGAAAUUCUGUCCGCAGCAGCUUCACCCCGGCUCCCCUCCGCAACCCUCCCCCUCUUCCCGGAUCCCACCCCUCCUGCCCUCCCGCCCCCAAAGCUGGCUUUACAGACUCACAUCCUUUGUGCUGGUGACACUUAAAUAUUUCUUGCCAUAACUUCUCUCUUACAGAAAACCUGACAUGACUUUAGGAUUUGAAAACAAAAGCAAUCUUAAGGAUUGAAUGAGACAUUUGUGUUGCCCACACACUGUUUAACGUAGCAAAGAAACCUGCACCCCUCAAAGGGCUUAAGGAACUUUUAAAACUAGUCUUUGGUAAAACCACAUGUGUAUAUUUAUUCUAAAUCAACCUGAACUUUUGAAACGUGCAAUUGUUGAGAUUUUGCAAAAUCAAUAAAGGAAACUACAUAUAGAAAAAAAAAGUUAUGCUAUACCCUCUAAUCAAAUAAGGUGACCAAAUAAGCUUUAAUUCAUCAUUAGGAAACUAAUCAAUAAUUGACUUAUUUGAGUGAUGCUUUGUUUAUUUUUAAGAGAUGACCUAUUUUGUUGCAAAAUAUAAUGUAUAACACAAGCAAUAUCUGAAUUUAGCUCCUCCUGGUGUUUUUGACUUGGUUCCAUACAAUAAUGUUUAUAUUUCCUAUUAGUUUGUAAAUAUGGACUCUGGAUGGUGCAUUUGUGUUUUCAUCCGGUGGGAUAUUCCCUCUCCCUCCCACCUCUAUCUAUUUUUUUCUUUCUUUUUGCAAAGGUGACUUUCUGGCAACGUCUUUGUCUCUGUUUGGUGGUGGGCUGCUCGGGCUCCUGGACCUGGACUUGCCCCAAAUUUUGUGUGUGCAGUGAAGGCUUCAACAUCUUAUGAAGGACACUUUCUUUCUACAGCAGAGGACUCAAAAGCAGAUUAAACAAGCCAGUCUCCCAUUUUGUAUCCUAAUCAAACAACACACAUGCCAAGCAUAUAAAGACAUGAGGGUGGAAAAUAUCUGAACAAGAAGGCUUUAAAGGAAGUCACUUAGAAACUUAAGUUUAAUGUGAAACGCUUUGCAAAGACACUUAAAAUGAACUUUAUGUUAAGAAAAACCACUGUGAAACUAAAUUGUACUGUUAUUGUUGGCUUACCUGUGUGUUCAGCAAUCUCAGCCCAAAAUUAUGUUGUAAUUUAAAGAAAAUGGAAAAUUCUGCUCUAAUGAAUGUAAAAACGGCUUGCUGUGAAGUUUACAUUGUUGUACAGAAGCAUAUUUCACAUGUAGGUAAACUGGUGGUGGUAUUAGAAAUACAAAUGCUAUUUAAUUUUUUAAAAAAAUUCCCUUUAUUCAUUUCUGGAGGUACAGGACAUAGUUUAGCUGAUAAGUCUUUCUAGACCAAUUGGGUUUUCACUUUUAUGUUUAAUGGUAGAGCUGUGGGGUAUACGUGUGAGUGAGCGUGUGCUAUGUGUUUUUAAAACAACUGCUUUUCUUGGGCAAAACUCUACAGUUUUUCUCUUCUGUUUAGAAAGUUCUUCCUGCUUGGCAAUAUGUAGGCUUGAAACUACACUUUAAAAACAUUGGUACAAUUCAUCUAUUGGAAAAUUAAUAUAUUGUGGGUUUCAUUGUUUUUUAAAAAUAUUUUUUGGUGUUGAUUCUGUGCAAUAAUUAACAGGGCACAUCACUAGAUGUGGAUGUUAAAGAUGCAUUCGUUAGGUGAUCUCGAUUUCUUCUUGUCUGUGCUGUGUGUGCACAGUCUACAUGGCAGUCCAGUUCCGUCACAUUGGUUUCAUGGCUUCAUUUAAAACUCAGAUGGCUAGAUGAGCUAGGUUUUCAGAUCACUAGCAUAUAAACAGUAAGCAGAUUUCUGACACAUGAGUUAUACUCGAGGAGUUGCUUUUUUCAAGCAACAUAUCUUAUAGAGAGAGCUUUGAAUGGCAUUUAUUUCUAAAGCAACCAAAAUUCAGUGCUACAAACAGAGGAUUAUAACUUCAGGAGAAGAAUAAGCAGAAAGAACAGAUGAACUCUCAGGGCCAUAGUCUUCCUUUGAUCUUCUAAAACUCCUAUUGACAUCUGGAGUUCCCAGUCUGGUGAGAAAAUAGACUAUAAACCGAACAGACCAAAGAUACCAGUCCAAUAUUUUGGUGGAGACUUUAAAACCAUACCAUACAGGCACUCUCCUGCCAUCCAGAAAAACUGACAUAAGGUAUAGAAUUGUCCCUUAUCAGAUAUUUUUUUGGAUGGCUACUAGGAGUCUUUAAAAAAAUAUAUAUCAAUCAUUUGUAGGGAAACACAAUGAAAUAUUAUUUUCUUUAAAUUAAGAAAUCUCGUUAUGCUAUUUAUAAGUUUUUUCUUGUUCUUGUAUUUUUAAAAAAAUACUAAUAUUAAUGAUAUCAAGAUUUUUUUUUCUUCUCUUUUUCCCCCAGGUCUUUUCUUAGCAACAGUGAAUUCACACGGAGUAACUUAAGAAAGACAACAGAAAGCUAAAACACAAUUUGCUAUUCAAGGCAAAAUAUGAUUUAAAGCUACUUUUACAAAUAAGAGAAGGAAAAUGGGAUGGGGUAUGGGACUGGGAUUGUUUGAUUUUUAAAUGUUAUUAUUAUUGGCUAAUGUUGACAUAUUUCCUUUGUUUCUUAGGGGGUAAAAGUGUUGUUUUUAAACUGGCAAAUGCACUCUUCAGAGAUCCUUUUCCAUCCCAUUCACAGGGAGAGGUUAAAGGUUCAAUUUCAUGGCCUCUAUCCAGGCAGUGCUCUCCCUCACAGGAUGCAAGAGCAUUACCUGCAAGGAGAGAAUGCAGUUGUACAACAGACAUAUUCUUAUUUCUCUUGUUUUUUUUUCCCCUCCUUUUAAUGACCUUCUUAUGGAAUAUUGGGCUGAAAUAUAAGUUAAAAAACACGUUGGAAAGGAUGUACAACCGAAGGCUGUGUAUGUAUAUACAGUAUGUCAAAAAGCCUUUAUUUUUAUACUUCAAAUGCUCUAAAUUAAUAAAAAGUAAUAAUUAUCAAGUUA